UUUUACGCUGAAACUCUUGUUGUUAUAACAAUCUCUCUCUAGAACUUUGUUGUUUGGUUGCAUAGUUGCAUGCAUUUUCACCUCCUUCAUCUUCUUCCUGUAUUUAAUUUUUUCAAAAAGAAAAUAAAAAGAAACAUUUACUCCACACAACACAACACAACACUACCAUAAAAACGGUGUAGUGUAGUAACGCCACACUCAACACUCAAACACUAAACACACAAGAAGGACGGUGUGUGCAUUUCGUCAACUCAUUUUGUUUUUUUCUUAUGACAUAAAAACCGUUGUUCCUUUCUGUUUCAAAGACGUUGUUGUUCUGUGUCUAUAUAUUUAUUCAUUCACAAUGGCUCGUUCAACCACAACUAAUAAUAAUAACUGGUUAUCAUUUUCACUCUCACCUAUGGAAAUGCCUCAGUUUAAUCCAUACGACGCCGCUUCAUCCGUUUCUUCAUCUCAUCACCAUCACUACUUUCUUGAUAACUUGUAUAACGGAUGGGGAAACGGAAACUCAAAGACGGAAGUACAAGAGCAACAACAAGCGCAGUCGAUUUUCUUUAUGGAUUCGUCGAAUGGACAGAGUGUGAACCACGCGCCACCACCGAAACUGGAGGAUUUUCUCGGGGACAGUAAUCAAACGGAGACGCAAGAUUCGUCUCUUACUCACAUGUACGAUCAUCAAAAUUACUUCGGUGGGGACCACCACCAGGAUCUUAACACCAUUGCUGGUUUUCAAGCUUUUUCGAACAACUCUGGUGGCUCUGAAGUUGAUGAUUCUGGUUCUAUUGGAAAAUCAUCGCAACCUGCAUGUAAUAACGACUUCGGAACUCAUUCUAUUGAGUCGGGGAACGAGUUUGGUUUCUCCACCGCCGCCGCCACCGCCGCCGCGAACGGUGCUUUGUCUCUCGGUGUUGCUCACAGUUCGGAGGAAACUGGAAGUGCUAUCGCUGCUGCUGAUUCUGAUAGCUCUAAGAAAAUCGUUGAUACUUUUGGUCAGCGAACUUCGAUUUACCGUGGCGUCACUAGGCACAGAUGGACGGGUAGAUAUGAAGCACAUCUAUGGGAUAACAGCUGUAGAAGGGAAGGUCAAGCAAGGAAAGGGCGUCAAGUCUAUUUGGGUGGAUAUGACAAGGAAGAAAAAGCCGCAAGAUCCUAUGAUUUGGCUGCUCUCAAGUAUUGGGGCCCCACAGCUACUACCAACUUUCCUGUUUCCAAUUAUGCAAAGGAAUUGGAAGAGAUGAAACUCGUAACAAAGCAAGAAUUUAUUGCGUCAUUGCGAAGGAAGAGUAGUGGCUUUUCUAGAGGAGCUUCCAUCUAUAGGGGUGUUACAAGGCACCACCAACAGGGUCGAUGGCAAGCACGAAUUGGCCGUGUUGCCGGAAACAAAGACUUGUACUUGGGAACAUUUGCAACUGAAGAAGAAGCAGCAGAGGCUUAUGACAUAGCAGCCAUAAAAUUCCGUGGCGCCAAUGCAGUAACAAACUUUGAAAUGAACAGAUAUGAUGUGGAAGCUAUAAUGAAGAGUUCUCUUCCAGUUGGUGGUGCAGCUAAACGCAUGAAGCGUUCUCUUGAAUUGGAACAGAAAGCUUCUGUCAUCAACAUUCAGCAGAACAACACCCAACAACAGUAUGCUGCAAACCUGAAUAACAGCAGCAGCAACAGCAUCAAUUUCUCAGCCAUUCAUCAACAGCAUCAGCAAAUUGCUUCCAUCCCUUAUGGAAUUCCGUAUGAUUCGAAUGCGGCUUAUUAUCAUCAUCACAACCUGUUCCAACAUUUUCAACCCAAUACAAAUGAUGGCAGUGCUGAAUCUGUUGCAACUUCCACCAAUGCAGGAACUGGUCUCUCUGCUAUGCCACCAACUUCAGCAGCUGAGUUCUUUUUAUGGCCUAAUCAGUCUUAUUAAUGACUUAGUUAUCAAUUAAUUAGUUUAUCUUAGCUAACAAAAAUCAAAGGGUAAAGCUAUAAUCUCUGGCACAGUUCAGUUGACUCUCUUUUAUCUACUCUAUAUGAUUAAAGUAUUAACUUUUUAGGUACUAAGAAAGAAAGAUUAUUGAGGUUUUUUGAGUUCUCUAGUUUUAGUUACAGUGGGAAGCUGGAUUAUGUAACUACUCAGAAUAUGAGGAAUAUUUUUAGUCGUGCAUAUUAUAGUCUUGCUCAUGAGUUCCUAAAUGCUUCUCUUAACUUGCA